AAUGCACAUAUGGGCCACUUCUGUGGCUCUCUAAAUCCAGUGGGGAGGGUCUGAUUUAGCAAAGCACGCUGACUACAGAGAGAGCAGCAUCUGGUAGCUUCAAAGACAUUCGUAAUUGGAGUUGGUGGAUUCAACUUAAGAUCAGGGGAUACCAUGUUUGUGCCACAUCUGGUUAGUCUUUACUGUGGACCCAUAAUGUUAUCCAAAGCGUUCUGCUGUACGCUGUGGAAUGGUUCCAAAUACUGUUGUCCUAUGCCAUGAAAGAAACUGUUCCAUUCUGUUGCUAUGGUGAUGUGCAUGUGAUUGCAGGAUUCAUUCCAUAACAGAGAAGCAUCAGAGGAGCAGCAGGAGAGGGGGUGAGUGUGUAUGCAAAUGGCAUGUCGUUAUCUCUGAAUCUCCAUGCGUGCUGUUAUUGUUUUUAGUCUUUUAAAGAUGUUUUGCAAAUAACUAAACAUUUUCUACCUCCCAUUUUGGCCUGUAUGUGUGUAUGGUGUUAAUGUGGGUAUAAUCCAAAUGUAUCUGACAUACCCCAGCCCCGACUGUAAAAAUAAAUUAAUAAAUGUAACCCAGUCAUUGCUGCAGAAAGUUGGGGUACAGGGAGUCCUGCGCCUUCAUAGUGUAGGAACCCCUGACAAGAUUCCAAAAUUGUGUCGCGUGUCAACGCUCCAGCUUCAUUCGUCCAUUGCAGGUCUGUUGCAUAUUGACUCACGCUUGGUCACUGUCAGCAUCCCCAGAUCAAAACAGGCCUGCCCCCUAUUAGGGUUGCCUAACUCCUUUAGAGAGCUGCUACAUCAGCUGGUUUCUAUGUCAUCUAAUCACGUCCUAAUAAUGUAACCAGGUGAUUACGUGCGUUUAAAGCAGGGUUGGAGCAAAAGCAUUCACACCACACCACAGCAAUGGAUUCUGUGCUGUCUUCUGCAUGGAAUUAAUAUUGUGGUGUUCAUUUAGGCCUUAUUGUGAAGAACUGGCUCAGCACCAUCCAGGGUUGAUUUCGGACGAUAGGUUCCCUUGCCUCUCCACACUCUAGGGACUCCUUGUGGGUAGACGGAGACCUGUCAAAGGCAGCAACAGUGAGCCAGAAAAACACUCAAGAUGGCCUUCUUCAGAGAGAUGUGGGACAAACUGGGGAUUCCUUUGACCGCCCUCCGCUUUCCUGGCAACUGGAAACCGAAACUCUCCCCCGCUCGGCUUGACAUAUCUCUGUCUUCCCUGUACUACUUUGACUACAACUGCCAGAAAACCGAGCUGGGGCCCGAUUACACCCCGCCAGCCCUCACCCUGGGAGGGCACAGCUUUGUCUUCCAGCAGGGUCAGUGGGCGUUGCAGCCGGAGUCCCAUCGAGCCUGUGGCCGGGGCCCAAAGGACAGGGACAGAACCUACAUCCACCUGAGGAAAAGGAAUCGGGAGUUACAGGAGGAGAACAAUGCACUGAAGCUCCGCACGGAACUGCUGAUGGACAUGCUGGCAGAGACCACAGCCCAGCUACAUGGCUCCAAUCCCGGAGAGGGGGGUAGCCGGGACAGCCUAGAAGAACCACAACCCCCCCGGUCGAUAAGGACCAGCUUCCAGAGGGGGUCUACUAAAAGAAAGACCAAGAGUUGAUGAAUAAAACAGGUGUGCACGUGGGCUUGUGCGUGUGUGUGCGUACUUGCUUUGACUGAGUGAAGUUGAUGAACUGAUUACCACCGGACAAAUAAACAGCUAUUAACCAUCAUCUGUUUUAGUGGACUUGGUGUUUUUAGAAUGCUAAGGAUUCAUCUGGCUCUAGUUUAAAUAUCGGUCAGUGCUAGAAGUGGUGUGUUUCCGUGGGGCAGCUUAUAACUGGGAAUAGUUACCGAGUGUUUUUGGGGAUGUGGUGGAGGGUUUGCAAAUAAAGUUGUGAGGAUUCCUGUAUUAUUCAUUUUGAGGUGGUCGACAGAUCCCUAGCCAAGAUGGGAAGCUGCUUUAAAAAGGAAAUCCUUCCAACUUUUCAAC